AUGGACACCAAGUUAGGCGCGAAGAUCAUUAGAGAGUUGAAGGAUGUUGCGACAGUGGACGUAGAAACGACAGGAACCAGGGUCUCGAGCGGGAACGUCAUCGUAGUCGAUGUCAUGAAGUUGAGGAAGGUCAUGUGCGGAUACGACUAUCUAAGGGAGAUCGUGCACAAAACCUGGUCUGACUUGCCGCCUCCACCUAUGAUCGAGAGGGCGCAGGUGGUCGUCUGGCUGAUCGUCUGCAACAACUACUGCAUCAAUCACUCCACAAUCAAGUGGCCCGGGUCGAGCCCGAACACGUACGUCCAUCUUUGGUCCAUCAUGGACAGGAUCAAGACCAGCCUUACUAACAUCGAUGCGAACUGGCUCUACAUGUACGGGAAGGAGCACAUUACGCCUGAUCAGAUCGAGGCUAUGGAGAUGAACCCGGAGCUGCUGACGUACGAGAGCGUGGGGGAGGACUUCGACUCGUUCUACGACUUCCACAUGAGCACCUUUACGCCCAAGCAGAAGGAGGUGUUCAACGUCUCUAUGCUGAACUUGAGUCAGGAGAUGCGUGACAUCUACCUCAGUCGGCGCUCAUAG